GACUGCAAUUAGAACCUCUGAAUUUUUUGGUUCUAAGUUUAAUAUAUUAAAAAAAGGUUUACAAUUCAUUGCUAAAUUAAGCAAUGAUUUAUGGUAAUAGCAACUUUUGGCCUCCUCAAAAUUUUGCAAGCCAUUAAGAUUUAGGAACACAAUAAUCCAAAAACAAACAUGAAAAUCCCUUUAUAAAUCCUUUCAAUAAUUAAACUAGCAUAUACCAUUUUCUCUUGAGCCUUUACUUUGUCUUGUUAGCUUUCGUUCUUUCUCUUUGUUAACUUAGAGAGAGGACGAUUAAUUAAAAAAUAAUAAUAAAAGUUUGUUUAUUCUUCCAUAAUCUCAACCAAUAAUUCAACAUGGGAAAUUGUGGUAGCAACCCUAAAACCAAUGAGGGAACUGAGCCAGAGCCAGUGCCAGAGGAGGUUAAUGUUGGUGGUGCAACAGAGGAGACCCCAAACGAAGAUAACAAGUCUCUAAGCACCUUGCUUAAUGAGAAUGUGGAAGAUGCAAAGAAGCCAGAAGAAGUAAAGGAUGAACCCAAGGAAGAAGAGCCUAAGACUGAGGAAGUAAAGGUUCAAGAAGAGAAGCCAAAAUCAGAAGAAGCAAAGAUUGAGGCCUAAGUUUUUUUACUAGAGAGGGCUAAUAUAAUUCAUAUAGAUAAAUUUUAUUGCUUUUCUGUUUAAUGCUUUAAAAAAAUUGAUUAGAUCGUUAUGUAUGAGAUCAACAAUUUGGAUUGAGAAUUGUUGAUUUAAGUAUGCAUUUAUGUGAGAUCUUUUCUUGAUACUUUCUUCACAAGAAUGUGACAAAUAAUUUGAGACAGCUAAUUAGUGUUCAUUUUAUCAAGAAAUUAAAAGAAUUAUACAAUAAGAAGUAAGUUUUGAAGUUA